AUGGUCCAGGGUCCAAUCGAGCUGUGUGCGCUUCGGAAGAACACGGAGGGCAUCGUCGCUCUGUUGGAGCACGGCGCGAUUCCCACCCAGGCCGCCGUCAAGAAACUGAAGAGGUUGAAGAAGCUCAACCUGUCGAACAAGCGACUCAAGAAAGUACCCCGAUGGGUCAAAUACUUCUCCGGAGUGGAGCGGUUGGACCUCUCGCAUAAUGAGCUGACCUACCUGCCCACCUACCUGGGCCACUUCAGCAAUCUCAAGAAGCUCCUGCUCGAUGCCAACCCGCUCGAGAGCAUCCCUGCUGAAAUCAGAAAGGGAAAGCUCAGCGGCCUCCUCUCCUAUCUGCGGGAGUUGGACAAAAGCAAGGGAGAGCCCUGGCGACGGGUGAAGCUGCUGUUUGUGGGCAAGGAGAACGUGGGGAAGACGUCCCUGCUGCAAGCCCUGCAGGCGUUCAUGGCCCACUCGGCGCCGUCGGCCAUGCACAGUUCGACCUCACUCGCCGCGGGCUCGUCCUCUUCGUCGGCCAUCUUCUUCAGCGGGCAGCUCCACUACACAUCCGACUCCAAGAUCACCGUCAAGGUCAGCGAGCGGCAAUCGCAGGCCACAACGUUCAUGCGGACACUGAGCACAGAUGGCAUUGCCCUGGGCGAGUUGUCCACCGAACACUACGCCAAGCGAAAGGAGAUCUCCGUCGUUGCUCAAAACACACAGUCGAAGGGCAAGUCCAAGAGGCGGGAGCGAGCCAAUGUCAUAUUUCAGACCUACGACUUCGGAGGCCAGGAGGUGUUCUACCCCACGCAUCAGUUCUUCCUGACGGCGAGGAGCAUCUACCUGGUGGUGUUCAACGCGGCUGAGGGCGAGAAGGCCACGGCGUCGAUCAAGUACUGGGUCAACCAGAUCCGGGUGUCGACCAAGGGGCUCGAGACGCCCAUACUCCUGGUCGGCACACACAUCGACCACCCGGACGUCGACACCGACGCCCUCCAAAACCUCGCCCGACAGCUCAAAAGGCAAGAUUCGAAUAUCCGGGAGGUGGUGUUCGUCAGCAGUGCCACGGGGGCGGGCCUGCCGGAGCUCGUCGAGAAGAUGAUCUCGAUCGCGCAGAGACACUCUUUCCUUCGAGCUGUCAUUCCCACUUCCUACCACCGCUUCUACAACGCCAUCAUCAACAUGCGUAACGGUCGAUCGUCGCGCGGCAAUCUGCGCGCGGUUCAGUCGACGUCGGACCUUCCCGCGGUGGUGUCGUCGACCGAGAAGGAGGGCAAAGGGGACCUAUGGUCCUCUGGCGGCGUGACCACCGACCAGCCCCUCAACUUCAUCUCCUGGGACGACCUCGACCGGGUGGCUCGCAACUGUGGCAUCACCUCGUCUGCCGACAUGCACGUGAUGGUGUCUUUCUUCCACGACGUGGGGCUGCUCAUUCACUUCGAGGAGGCCUUCGGCGGCCUGCGGGACUUGGUCAUUAUCAACCCGCAGUGGUUGGCCUCCGUCAUGAAGAGUGUGGUGUCAUUCAGCAACAAGUGGGUGCGCAAUGGCAUCCUCAACGAAAAGCAGCUGCACUGGGUCUGGCUCGACUUCCCGCGCUAUCUGCACCCGUUGCUCCUCCGCAUCUUCGAGCGAUUCCAGAUCGCGUUCAAGAUCAGAAUCGCCAGGCGACUGUCGGCCAGCGAGGAGGAGAGGGCCAAGGCCGAGAAGCGAACGGGCGCCGACAUCAUCGUCCCAUCGCUUCUGCCUGAGGAGUGUCCCGCCGACGCGCUCGAUCGCGAGUGGACCUCCUACUAUGCCAGGGCUGGUACGCACAUACCGCACACACCUCGCACUCCACCACACUUCAUCCGUGUGCUCGUGCGGUACGUGACCUGA